UUCCCCCCGGUCAGGAUGUGGCUGUGGCUGCUGGCGCUGCUGGGGCUGUGGCUGCUGCGGCGAUGGCACCGUGAGCGGCAGACGGUGCCCGGCCUGGAGGAGAAGUUUGUGCUGAUCACGGGCUGCGAUUCGGGCUUUGGCAACCUGCUGGCCCGGCAGCUGGACGCGCGGGGGCUGCAGGUGCUGGCGGGCUGCCUGACGGAGUCGGGGGCCGCACGGCUGCGGGCGGCUGCCUCCUCGCGCCUGCAGACCGUCCUGCUGGACGUCACCUCCAGCAGCAGCAUCGCCGCCGCCGCCGCGUGGGUGCAGGAGCGCGUGGGGCAGAAAGGGCUGUGGGGGUUGGUGAACAACGCCGGCACUGCCAACCCCACCGCCCCCAACGAGUGGCUGAGGAAGGAAGACUUCAUGGCGGUGCUGAACGUCAACCUGGUGGGGCUGAUCGAGGUGACAGUCAGCAUGCUGCCGCUGCUGAGGCGGGCGCGCGGCCGCGUGGUCAACGUGUCCAGCAUGAUGGGCCGGCUCUCCGGCUUUGGGGGGGGCUACUGCCCCUCCAAGUUCGGUGUGGAGGCCUUUUCCGACAGCCUCAGGCGUGAGAUGCGACCCUUUGGGAUGAAGGUCUCUAUCAUUGAACCCGGUGGAUUCCGAACGGGGAUGACCGACCCCAAAGCGGCAGCAAAGGAACUGCAUCGCCUCUGGGCGCAGCUGCCGGCAGAGACCCGGGCAUCCUACGGCCGCCGCUACCUCGAGACCUACGCCCGUCGCAGCGCCCUCCUGCACCGCCUCAGCAGCCCCCGCCUGUCCCGCGUCACCGCCCGCGUGCAGCACGCGCUGCUGUCCCGCAGCCCCCGCAGCCGUUACGCAGCCGGCUGGGACGCGCUGCUCUUCCUGCUGCCUCUCAGCUACUGCCCGACGUGGCUCUGCGAUGCCUUCGUCGCCUUCCUGAUGCCAAAACCGGACUGCGGGACACCCUGAGCGCAUCCCUGUGCCCGCUCCGUGCUGCACGCGGGGCUCCUGCGGGUGCAGGACCUCAUUAAAUGCGUUUUUCCCUUCUA